AUGAAAUGCUUAAUAUUUACCUUUAGGCCCUUUUACUUGUUCAUUGUUCUGUAUCCUUUAUGUUUGUUCUACUUUUUUUUUGGGUUAUAUGGCAACCACUGCUUCAAUUAUUGGGAUAUUCACAUUAUACAUUUUAUGAAUUUAACAAGGUUAAAAUAA